GAGAGAAAGCCCGCGCCUCAGAGUGGGCUUCUCGGACGCUUCAGGAGAGGAAAGCCAUGGGGAAACUCGGGCCUUGGAGGCGAGUGAGUGGGUGCUAGUCCUCUCAGUGGCCGCGGCCAUGUUCUGGCUUUGACGCAGCCGCCCUCGAGAGUGAGAGAGAGAGAGGGGCGGAGCAGAAGCGCCAGGAAGAGCCCGCCCUCCGCUCCCUGGGCUCGGAAGAGGGAGGGAAGGAGGAGGAAGCCAGGCAGGGGCUGACAGGCGGACGGCGCAACAGGUUGCAGAUGGCUGACAGCUAGCACAAAACACUCAGGAUCAUGAUGGCUCAGAUUCUUACAGGCAUAAAUGGAGGCCCAAACAUGUGGGCGAUCACUCCUGAAGAAAGAAUGAAGUAUGACAAGCAGUUUGACAGCCUUAAACCAAUUGGGGGUUAUGUUACAGGUGAUCAAGCUCGUACGUUUUUCCUGCAGUCAGGUUUACCAUCUACAGUCUUGGCUGAAAUAUGGGCUCUCUCCGAUCUGAACAAAGAUGGGAAAAUGGACAAACAGGAAUUUUCCAUAGCUAUGAAACUCAUCAAGUUAAAACUACAAGGCCAGCCUCUUCCUGUGGUUCUCCCUCCAGUCAUGAAGCAGGCACCAGUAUUCUCUCCCUUGAUUUCUGCUCGUUUUGGGAUGGGAAGCAUGCCGAACCUGUCUGUUCCAGCAUCUGUUCCAACAAUCGCACCAUUAGCUCCCAUGUCAUCUUUUGCUUCUGUAACUUCCAUCCCACCCUUGGUCAUUUCUGCUCCCCUGCUGCCUUCUGUCAGCACAACGUCAUUGCCAAAUGGGACAGCCAGCCUCCUUCAGCCAUUACCCAUGUCCUACUCUUCAACUUUGCCUCAUUCCAGUUCAUAUAGUCCCAUGAUGGGAGGAUUUGGUGGUGCCAAUAUUCAGAAGACACAGUCCUUGAUCGAUUUAGGAUCCAGUAGUUCAAAUUCUUCUUCAACUACCUCACUAACUGGGAAUUCACCGAAGACUGGAUCUUCAGAUUGGGCAGUUCCUCAGGCUUCCAGGCUAAAAUACAGGCAAAAAUUUAAUAGCCUUGAUAAAGGAAUGAGUGGAUAUUUGUCAGGAUUCCAGGCAAAAAGUGCCCUACUGCAAUCAAACCUAUCCCAGACCCAGUUAGCUACUAUUUGGUCACUUGCUGACAUUGAUGGUAAUGGACAGCUGAAAGCAGAAGAGUUCAUAUUAGCCAUGCACCUAACUGAUGUGGCCAAAGCUGGGCAGCCUCUCCCAUUAACUCUCCCUCCCGAAUUAGUGCCACCUUCUUUGAGAAGUGAAAAAAGUGUUGAAAAAAUUAAUUGUGUUCUGCCAACAUACCAGAAAAUGCAAGAAGAAGAACCUCCCCAAAAAGCUCCAGCUACAUUUGAGGAUAAGAGAAAAGCAAACUAUGAGAGAGGGAACAUGGAGCUUGAGAAACGACGGCAAGUACUUCUGGAGCAGCAGCAACGAGAGUUGGAGCGUAAAGCUCAGAAGGAAAGAGAAGAGAGGGAGCGGAGGGAGAGGGAGAAACAGGAGCAGGAGCGAAAAAAGCAACUAGAACUGGAAAGGCACUUGGAAAAACAGCGUGAGCUGGAAAGGCAAAGAGAAGAAGAAAGAAGGAAAGAAAUUGAAAGACGGGAGGCAGCAAAGCAGGAACUUGAACGCCAGCGGCGUCUGGAAUGGGAAAGGAUUCGCCGUCAAGAUCUUCUUAAUCAACGUAACAGAGAACAAGAAGAAAUUGUGAAACUGACCUCAAAGAAGAAAAGUCUUAAUCUUGAUUUAGAUGCAUUGAGUGAUAAACACCAGCAGAUCUCUGGGAGACUGAAAGAUGUACGAAUCAGAAAGCAAAACCAUAAAAAUGAGCUGGAUCUUUUGGAUAAGAAAUAUGAUUUGGGAAUUAUUGAAAUCAAAGAACUACAGCAACAACUUCAGGAAUAUCAGAACAAGUUGAUCCUCCUUAUUCCUGAAAAACAGCAGCUAAAUGAGAAAUUAAAUCACAUGCAACUCGACAACUCCUCUAGAACAGAUCUUAACUCACUGCACAAGAAGUCUUCAGAGAAAGAAGAAUUAUGCCAAAGACUUAGGGAGCAACUCGAUGCCCUAGAAAAAGAAACGGCUUCCAAGCUCUCCGAAAUGGAUACUUUUAAUAGCCAGCUCAAGUGUGAGACAAUGGAUGCUUCUGUUCUUCAGUGCCUUUUGUGUCUGCUAAGCUGUCUCAACAACCUCUUCCUCUUACUUAAGGAGCUGAGAGAAACCUAUAACACACAGCAGUUAGCCUUUGAGCAGCUUCACAGGAUCAAACAAGAAAAAAUCCAAGAGUUAGAAAGAAAGAAAAAUGAACUUGCACGGAAAAGAAGAAUAGAGGAUGAGGCUGCACGAAAAGCAAAACGGGACAAGGAGAACUUGUGGCAGGAAAAUAUCCGGAAAGAAGAAGAAGAAAAAAGAAAGCGAUUACAGGAAGAGCGCAUCCAAGAAAAACUCCAGGAAGAAAAACAAAAAGCUGAAGAUGCAACUGCCCAACAACGAGAGGUCCAGCAGCAAAAACUGGCAGAGGAGAAACCUGAAGUGGGAAGAAGGAACAAAGAAGCCGAAAUUUUGAGAGAUUCUGAACAGCAAAAGCAGAAACAAAAAGAAGACAAAAGAAGACAGGAAAAGAUUGCGAAAGAAGUCGAGGAAAGGCAUAAGCACUUUGAUGAAGAGAAGAAAAGAAAAGAUUCAGCCAAUUUGCGAGAGUCAGAAAAGGCUAUUUCUCAGUCAAACUUACUUGAAAGAAAUACAGACAUCCUCACAGAGACUAAGAAUCAAUUGCUUAAAUCACCAUUUAAGCAUGAAGGUCAUCCUGUUCAUGCCUCUGAAUCUGGGAAAUUGGGUGGCUUUGUGAAUUACAGAGCAUUGUAUCCAUUUGAAGCAAGGAAUCAUGAUGAGAUCAGUUUCAAUUCUGGAGAUAUAAUUCAGGUUACUGAGAAAACUGAAGGAGAACCUGGUUGGUUGUAUGGGAGUUUCCAGGAGCGUUUUGGCUGGUUUCCCAGUAAUUAUGUAGAAAAAGUAUCUGAAAAAGGAAAAAAUGUUUCACCGGCUAAAAAAGCUUUACUUCCUCCAACAGUAUCUUUACCUGCUGCCUCAGUUCGCGUGGCAUCAACUUCACCAAAUAAGCCAACAGAAGAAACUGAUUAUCAAAAUAUACCUUUCUCAAGUUUAAAUGUUAACACAUGGCAGAAAAAAUCUGCCUUUACUCGCACAGCAUCCCCAGGAUCUGUUUCUCCCAUCCAUGGACAGGGCCAAGUUGUAGAAAACGUAAAAGCGCAAGCACUUUGUUCCUGGACUGCAAAGAAAGAUAACCACUUGAAUUUUUCAAAAAAUGAUAUCAUAACAGUAUUGGAGCAACAAGAAAAUUGGUGGUUUGGAGAAGUAAAUGAAGGAAGAGGAUGGUUUCCCAAAUCCUAUGUAAAGAUCUUGCCUGGAAAUGAACGCCAAAGGGAGGAGCCAGAAGCUGUUUAUGCAGCUAUAAAUAAGAAACUUACAAAGCCAUCAUAUACUUUAGGAGAAGAGUAUAUAGCACUAUAUUCAUACACAAGUUCUGAACCAGGUGAUUUAACAUUCGCUGAAGGUGAAGAAAUUCUAGUCCUUCAGAAAGAUGGAGAAUGGUGGACUGGAAGCAUUGGUGAUAGAACUGGGAUCUUUCCUUCAAACUAUGUCAAACCAAAGGAUCAGGAUAGUUCUGCUACUGCUAGCAAAACAGGAACAUUAAGUAGAAAACCUGAAAUUGCUCAGGUUACCACAGCCUAUACUGCAUCAGGAGCAGAGCAACUGAGCCUUGCCCCUGGACAGCUGAUACUAAUUUUGAAAAAAAACUCUAGUGGAUGGUGGCAAGGAGAAUUGCAGGCUAGAGGGAAAAAAAGACAAAAAGGAUGGUUUCCUGCUACUCAUGUGAAACUUUUAGGUCCAAGCAGUGAAAAGACUCCUCCUGCUGCUGUCCCAGUAUGUCAAGUGAUAGCAAUGUAUGACUACUUGGCAAACAAUGAGGAUGAGCUCAGCUUCUCCAAGGGACAGCUUAUUAAUGUCUUAAACAAAGAUGAUCUGGAUUGGUGGCAAGGGGAAAUCAAUGGCGUUUCCGGCCUCUUUCCUUCCAAUUACGUGAAGAUGACCACAGACUCUGAUCCAAGCCAGCAAUGGUGUGCUGAUCUCCAAAGCCUCGAUACGAUGCAACCCAUGGAAAGGAAAAGGCAGGGUUACAUACAUGAAUUGAUCCAAACAGAGGAGAAAUACAUGGAUGACCUUCAACUUGUUGUCGAGGUUUUUCAGAAACAAAUGACUGAAUCAGGCUGUCUCUCAGAAGCUGAAAUGGGGUUAAUCUUUGUCAACUGGAAGGAGCUCAUCAUGUCAAAUACAAAACUGCUGAAAGCCCUUCGAGUUCGUAAGAAGACAGGAGGUGAAAAGAUGCCUGUGCAGAUGAUUGGGGACAUCCUGGCUGCUGAACUGUCCCACAUGCAAGCCUAUGUUCGCUUCUGCAGCUGCCAACUUAACGGGGCCACCCUGUUGCAGCAAAAGACAGACGAAGAACCAGAAUUCAAAGAGUACAUGAAAAAACUGGCAUCCGAUCCUCGUUGCAAAGGAAUGCCACUCUCCAGCUUCUUGUUGAAACCUAUGCAGAGAAUUACUCGGUAUCCACUUCUCAUUAAGAGUAUUCUGGAAAAUUCAUCUGAAACGCAUCCAGAUCACAAUAACCUGAAGCUAGCCCUUGACUGCGCUGAAGAACUGUGCUCUCAGGUUAAUGAAGGAGUGCGUGAAAAGGAAAAUUCAGACCGACUCGAGUGGCUGCAGUCCCAUGUGCAAUGUGAAGGCCUCGUGGAGCAUCUGGUUUUCAACUCCCUGACCAACUGCUUGGGGCCACGGAAACUGUUGUACAGUGGCAAACUGUACAAGACAAAGAGCAACAAGGAACUCUAUGGCUUCCUCUUCAACGACUUCCUGCUACUCACCUAUAUGGUCAAGCUAUUUGUCUCUACUGGAUCAGACAAACUUUUCAGCCCAAAAUCCAAUUCGCAAUUCAAAAUGUAUAAAGGGCCUGUUUUUCUAAAUGAAGUCUUGGUAAAACUGCCAACUGACCCUUCUAGUGAUGAACCAGUUUUCCACAUCUCCCACAUAGAUAGAGUAUACACGCUCAAAACAGACAGCAUCAAUGAGAGAACUGCCUGGGUCCAGAAAAUUAAAGGAGCAUCUGAACACUAUAUUGAAACUGAAAAGAAGAAACAUGAAAAGGCUUAUCAAGCUCGCACACAGAAGAGUUCAGGAAUAGGACGCUUGAUGGUGAAUGUAAUUGAAGCAACUGAGCUAAAAGCAUGCAAAUCAAAUGGAAAAAGCAACCCAUACUGUGAAAUCAGCAUGGGAUCACAAAGCUAUACCACGAGAACACUGCCAGACACUUUGAACCCAAAAUGGAACUUUAACUGCCAAUUCUUCAUCAAGGAUCUUUAUCAAGAUGUGCUGUGCAUCACCGUCUUCGACAGGGAUCAGUUCUCGCCUGAUGACUUCUUGGGUCGCACUGAAGUUCCAGUAGCCAAAAUCAGAACAGAGCAAGAAAGCAAGGGUCCUACAACUAAACGUUUACUCCUUCAUGAGGUUCCAACUGGAGAAGUUUGGGUGCGCUUUGAUCUGCAGCUGUUUGACCAGAAAACUCUCCUUUGAAGAAGAAGAAAAACUGCUUUGUCGCCAUUGGAACCCACAAAAAUGGACCAGAUUGCUCUCAUUCCAGCGGAAACAGUUCUACAAACAGUUCUUCCUAUCAGGCGGAUAUCCAAGUGUGAUUCCUGUCACACAACUGCUUUGCCU